CCAAUCAGAAUCUCUUCGGCGCGCUUCCGGUUUUUGUUCAAAUGUCUUUUUCAUGCGACAACACAAUCUUACGAGACUAAGAAAUAAAUCAAAUAAACGCACAUCUGUGCUUCAUAAAGACGCGAAGAAAGCGUAUUAAGGAUAUUUCAGGUGGGAAAAUAUCAUGGCAGAGUGUGAUGCCGAAUGGGAAUUGUGUAAAGAAAAUAUCCAGCCUUUGAGACAAGGCCGCUCGGUGUCAGCUUUGCAGCAGGCUCUGUGUCAGCAGCAGGAGAGAAACCACACGGCCCUCCAUCAGAAAACACAAGCGUUUGAGUCUGAGCUGCGGCUGUGUGAUGGAGACGAUCCUCUAGAUGUUUGGGUCAGGUACAUCAAAUGGACAAAGCAGACGUAUCCACAAGGUGGAAAGGAGAGUAAUUUAUCAGUGCUUCUUGAAAGAGCAGUUACGCGCUUCACAGCCGGCAAGAAAUAUCACAAUGACGUUCGCUACGUUGAGCUCUGGAUCGAGUUUGCGGAGGGCUGUUCUGACCCGAUGGACGUCUACCGCUACAUGCAAGCUCAAGGCAUCGGAAGCAUGCAAGCCGCGCUUUACAUCGCCUGGUCUGAAGAGUACGAGAAGAGAGGGAAUAUAAAGAUGGCUGACGGCGUGUUUCAGGACGGCGUGAAGUGUGGAGCAGAGCCUGCGGAGAAGCUGCAAGCGUUUCACAGAGCUCUGCAGGCUCGAGCGUGUAGACAGAUGAUGUUGUCUAUGACAGAUCAACACAGAGAUGAUGAUGAUGAUGAUGAAGGACCCGCAGAGCCUCAGCGAUCCUCACUGGCUGAGCUCAAAGCCAAAGGGAAGAAAAAAGCCGUGGUUCCCAUCAACAGAGGGAAGGCCUCGGCCGGAUACGCUCGCGGGCUCCAGUUUAAACAGCCGUUGGGCCCCAAGCAGAACAGUCGGCUGGUGAUCUUUGAUGAGAAUAAAGCUUCUGAAACAGAGCCGCAGGAGCCCAAAUUUGAGGUCUGGACAGCGCCACCUACUGCCCGAGCCAAAGAGAACGAACAGAAGCCUGAGAAAUGGACCAAUGUGAAGUUGCCUCUGAAGUCCAGAUCGGGCCUCAGCGUCGCCGUCGCACCUCCUAAACCCAGCUUCCAGCCGUUUGUGGAAGAGGACGUCCAGCCUCCCGCUGUGACUCCGUGUAAAAUCGACCCGGCGGUGAACUCGGUGCUGUCGGUCAGGAAGCCCUGCAGGCCGGAGCAGACGCCGCUGAAGAUGCUGCAGGAGCGGAUGCAGCUCCAGACGCAGGAGGACGGGAAGAGUCGAGAGCAGAGCAUGUACUGCAGAGAGCUGCUCUACAGCGGAGCCAGCGAGUUCUGCUUCGAGGAGCUGCGGGCCGAGCGCUACCGACAGAAACACGCUGUCAAACUGCAGAGCACAGAAAGCUAGUAGAAUCCAAUGCAAACUGAAGCGCUUUCUAUCAAGACAGCAGUCGUAGAUGUCUGAAAAAGUUCAAACUUGCCUAAAAGAAGCUGUAGGCUGCUUACUAGGUUUGAAACACUAUCUUUAUUUGUUGUAGAUGUCUUUGUGUAUAACCAUUCCUGUGUGUGUACAUACGUUUUCUUUUCUUUUUUGUGUAUAUACAUACUUUUUGUAAUGCCACAUUUUGGGAUUUUUUUUUUUUUAUAGUGCAAAAGUAGCAUUUAUGCAUACGC